CCUAACAAACCCUAGACCCACACCCUCUCACGGCGAUCCCGCCGGCGCCGCCGUCGUCGUCGCAGCCGCCGCCGCGCCUGCGAAAGAAAGAAGUCGCUCCGAUGGGCGACAAGGUGAGCAGUCCGCAACAGCGCUCCAGCGACGCGUCCGAGGUUCUGGGCCACAUCCGUGGGUACUACAAGGAGGCGCUCGGCCGGCUGCCGGUGAAGGAGAUGCCGGAGCUCAUCCCCUCGCUCCUCGGCACCGGCUUCUGCUUCGGGCUCCUCGACCCCGUCUCCAACAUCAUCUUCAACACCGUGUCCAGCAGCAAGGACGACGGCACCACCAAGAAGAUGUCCAAGAAGAGGAAGAGAAGGUCGCAGAUCGAGGCAGACCUGCUCGAAGACUCCAGCGACGGCGACGGCGACCUGUUCGAAGAUUCCGGCGACGGCGUCGUCCAGCGGUCGCUCAGCGGCCUCGUCACCUUCCUCGUCUGCCGCUUCCGCUACCUACACAGGCGGGAAGCUCUGCGCUACCUGCGGCUGGCCAAGGCUGAUCUCGAUUUGGCCGCCCGCCUCGUCCAGCUCGACCGUGGGAUUACAUCGGCCAUCUGCUCCUCCCCCCUUACCACCAAGAUAGCCCCCUUGACCACCGCCGUCACGGUGGCCCUCAAGUGCGCCGCCACCACUGCGAAGCACCCCUGCCCUUCCACAUUCACGGCCACCUGGUCAUCCAUGUCAUCCCCUCCGACUUCAGCACCAGACACCACCGAUCGUCUUCAGAAGCUGCUCCCCACUUUACCUCAGCCGGGGCUCGGGCUUGGCCACCUCGAUGCGUCUCAGAUUCGAACUCUAAGAUCGCAUCUCACUAGGUGGAUGAAAUGCAAGAAGGGGAUGAAGGUUCCCCUUGAACUAAGAGCAUCAAUCAGCUCUGUGCUUCUGGAUAAAAUCCACAGUAUCUACCUCGAGGCAAUUGCAAACCUUCCAAGGGACGCCUUGUGCGAGCGCCACCAUCGCGGCCUCCUCAAGGCUGGUUACUGCUUCGGCCCCAUUGAUGACCCUGUCUCCAACGUCCUACUCAACACCAUUUGGUAUGACACUGCAUUCCCAGCUCAAGAUGAGUUUCUGAUAGACAUGCUCUGCACUAAAAGCCUUGCACGCUUGGAACAACGGUCAAUGGCUGGCCUUGUGACAUUUGUUCGUGCCCUAUUCCCUGAACUCGCCGAGAAUGUCGCCAUGUUAUAUCUACUUAAGGCUAAUGCCAACCUUCGUGAAGCCAUUUCAAAACUGCAGCUAGAAGAUCAUCAUUUGUCUGGAUCCUAUAAGAAAGCGUACAAGAUGGCCGCUCAGGUAGAUGUCAUCCCAACCCAAAAGCGCUACGAGAGUUUGCCCUGUCAACUGCGCCAUCAAUCAUGUCCUCCGUGCGAUCACUUGUGAAAACCACUGCACACACGUUAUCCUCCAGAGAAGUCGGUGACAUCUCUGCCCUGUUGGUAUCUCUAAGGCCGUCAGUCCAGAAAGUUCCCAAAUUGACGCCCUGUGCGUCUAGUUUUGUCUCACGCCGCCAGGCAAGGUUCGAGGAUGAUCAAAUUUUCUUUCGUGACACGGUUGAAGCUGCACUGAGAGACUUUUCAAAGCAAUCUGUGGAGGAGAUUGAGUAUCAGCUUCAUGUUAUAUGUGGUGUGGAUGCACAAGUAACAGAGAAUGGGGAGUACGGUUUCUACGACCUCGUAGAUGGAUACCCAUACUGUCAUAUCAACUUCUAUGCAGCACCAAAGGGUUCACCUUCUGAAGCUGGCACAGCCCCAACUCUGUUUUUCGUUGAAUGUAGCAAUGUUGAUGAAGAUGAAAAUGUGCUGCGUUGUUUUGUGGUAGAUCCAUCAACUGAUGAUGGCCGUUGUUACCACUGUGAGUAUAGAGGGACCAGACUUGUGCAUCCUUCUUCUGGAACAUACCAUGGGUGUGAUGCAGAGUUUGAAGAAAUUGCUUCUGAUGGAUAUGGACUCACCAUUGAUGAACUUAUCUACCAUGGGAUGCGCAGAAGUGAGUUUAUGGGCUGGUUGCCUGAAGAGGAUUCAAUCUAUUUUGAUCCACGAUGGGACGUAAAAUUUGCCCGUUGUAUAAAUGAUGCUGCUAAGCCAGGGAGAACACCUGUUCAGUCAAACGGGCUGAUCGCACCAUAAUACUUUUUUUGGGGGUUGUGCUGUCAAACUUCAAAAUGUACAUUUAGUAUUUUGAAGUAUGUAUGCUGUGGAUGCAUGUUAUAUAUAGUAAUGUCGAUAUGUUCUUGUUAUUGUCAUAUAAUUGUUGCUGAACUUGAAACAUUCAGAAUUUUUAA